UACAGCGCAUAGUAGCCUAUAGAGUAGGGACAACUCUACAGUUCAGAGCACCUAGCAUGUGUGAACGUGUUUUAUGUGUGUGAGGGGCAUGUAUGUGUGUGUCUGUAUGUUUGUGUGCUCACUUUGUCUUCAAGUGUCUCCCGCAAACAAAAUUAAGGGAUUUUGUUCGAUAAAGCCUCAGCAUCCCCUGAAGUCGCAUUUCAACAUCAGAACACCUGAGAUCUGAUGCUUCCCGCCAUCACCAUGGAAACGGAGGCCAGUCACAUGCUGGAGGCGGCACUGGAGCAGAUGGAUGACAUCAUCGCAGGUUCGAAAGCAGCAGCAGUGGAGUUUUCGAACAGCAUGUAUGACCGGAGUUCUCCCAUCAGCGCUGGUCCUCUGCAGGUCGUUCAGUUAGCUGAGGAUCUCAAACUUGCCUUGGAGCUCCAACCCAACCAGGAUGAGAGAGAAAGUCUCAGAGCACAAUUACCUACAGAAACAGCACAUAUUCUCAUAGAAUGGCUUCAGAGUGGAACUGUAAACCUGUGUGUUCCAGCCAACAAUGAAACCUACCAAGAACGACUGCUCCGCCUAGAAGGAGACAAGGAGUCUCUGGUGCUACAGGUGAGCAUUCUGACCGACCAGGUGGAGGCCCAGGGAGAGAAGAUCAGAGACUUACAGAGUUCUCUGGAGGAACACCAGCAGAAACUAGCCUCUACAGAGGAGAUGCUACAACAGGAGCUGAUGAGCAGGACCUCUCUGGAGACUCAGAAGCUGGAUCUGAUGGACGAGGUGUCCUACCUUAAACUGAAGCUGGUCAGCAUGGAAGAGCCACACACCAACACACACCCACAAAAUCCCGUGAACACAGAGCAGAACAAAGCCGAGGAUUUGCUUCAGGAAAUGAAGCAUCUGAAGAGCAAAGUGGAGGAGCUGGAGGGAGAGAAGUGCCAGUAUGAGAGGAAACUAAGAGCCACCAAGCUCUCUAUCUCUUACUCUCUCCAUGUGUGUUACCAGUCGCUCAUGACCCAGCUGUCCAGCCUCAAGCUGACUGUGGAGCACACACAGCUGGAGAAGCAGCACUGGGAGGAGCGCUGGCGCAGCACACAGGCAGAAAUAUCAGAGCUGCAGCAGCUCCUGGCCUCCAAAGACACUGAGAUCGAAUGCCUGCAGACCCAGCUGCUGGCCAGAGGCGGCACAACCAAUGACAACACAGAGAGAGAGGAGCUGUAUAUCAAGCAGCUGAUUAACAAAUACCAUGAAUACCAGAGGCUGAAGGUGGGGAUGGAGUCUUUGUUAGCUUCAAAUGAUGAAAAGGAUCGGCGUAUAGAGGAGCUGACAAUUCUGCUUGGCCAGUACAGAAAGAUGAGGGAAGCAAUGGCACUCACACAGGGGAGUAGUGAAGAGGAACUGAGUGGCAGUUUAAGACUCAAAGCUAUCACGCACAAAGCACAAACUGAUAUUGUCAGGUCAGAGAUGUCAUCAAGAGGGUCUUCUCCACUUAUGCUACUUGCAUCUCCUUACCAGAGAGAAUUGGACUCUAGUAUCCACAACUCUAUGGACACAUCACUGGUGUCCACUGGGGAUACAAGCUUCUUUAAUGGAUCAUGGCAUCAGCACAGGUUGUUGUCCAGCAGUCUUGAAGAGUUGCAGAGUGGAUCCUUACAAAAGGCUGUAGAGAUCCAGCCAAUUGAAACUGAAUCAGACUCAAGGGCAGAGAAUUCUCACAUGGAGCUGAGCAAGUACCAGACUUUGCCGGGGAAACUAAAAAGUAAAAAGAGCGAGCCAAUGGCCGAGCUUAAUGGCCACAGACAGAGAGAUGGAGAGAGUUCUCCUGUCCAGCUCUCUCCUGUCUACAGCCGCGACCAGGACUACACUCUCAUUCGCUGCAGGAGUGCCAGUGCACCGGCUUUAGGAUCCCCUGGAAAACAUGACCUCUAUAAUGUUGGGCAUCCAGAGAAGCUAGAGGAGUGUGUUCUGUCAGACCAGUCCCCCCUGUCAUCUGGAGUGGACUCUGGACAGCAGUCCCCUGUCUCACCAGAGAACAGGAAGAGUCAAAGAGGCAUUAAGAAACUCUGGGGGAAGAUCCGUCGCAGCCAGUCAGGCAGUCCUGCCCAGGUUCACUACCCUGAGCUGGGAGAGUUCAAGAGGGGAGGUUUCAGAGCUACAGCUGGACCAAGAUUGGCCUGUUCAGGAACCACACGAGACCUGAAGAUGCCUUUUUGUAAGUGGAGCAUGGAGCAGGUGUGUGACUGGCUUGAGGAAAUUGGACUUGGUCAGUACAGCAUUCUCGCUUGCCAAUGGGUCACCAGCGGUGAGACUCUACUGUCGGCCACCCAGCAAGACCUAGAGAAGGAGCUGGCGAUGAAGAAUCCGCUCCACAGGAAGAAGCUCCUAUUAGCCAUCAAGACGUUCAGCAGCAAGCAGUCUGAGAAGUCUGCAGAGCUGGAUUACAUCUGGGUCACUCGUUGGCUUGAUGACAUUGGACUUCCUCAAUACAAAGACCAAUUUAAUGAAGGAAGAGUGGAUGGGCAGAUGCUGAAAUACCUCACUGUGAAUGACCUGUUAUUUCUUAAAGUGAGCAGCCAGCUGCAUCACCUCAGCAUCAAGUGCGCCAUUCAUGUUCUUCAUGUCAACAAGUUUAACUCCAACUGCCUCAAACGCAGGCCCGGCAAUGAGAACCUCUUCAGUCCCAGUGAGGUGGUCCAGUGGUCCAACCACCGAGUCAUGGAGUGGCUGAGAUCUGUGGAUCUGGCAGAGUAUGCACCAAACCUGAGGGGCAGUGGAGUGCACGGAGGGCUGGUAAUGCUGGAACCUCGGUUUAACUCAGACACGCUUGCCAUGCUGCUGAACAUCCCUACUCAGAAAACACUGCUGAGGCGCCACCUAACCACCAACUUCAACAGCCUGGUGGGAGCACAAGCUCAUCAGGAGAAGAAGGAGUACACUGAAGCCGUGGGGUACACCCCACUCAGCAUCACAGCUAAAGUCAAGCCGAAAAAGUUGGGCUUCUCUAACUUGACUCACCUCAGGAGGAGGCGGCCAGAUGAAUCCACAGACUACGUCUGCCCAAUCGAGUCGUCCUCACCUCAGUCAGGAGGACACUCUGCAGUGAAUGGGGUGCAGGUGCGGCCCUACGCGGGCUUCAGAGGCCUGAGCCCAAUCCUGGACAGAGAGCCUGACCGCCCCAGGGACCAGAUGGCGAUCACAGAGGGUACAAUGUUGCAAAUAGAAGCUCUGUCUGAAAGCAUCAACAACCUCACAUACCUGCUCAGCCGAGACGAGCCGCGGAAGGAGCUGAGGCACUCUCAGACGGCGCUAGUUUGAAGGACAAUGACCCGACACUGUUGCCGCACUAUGUCAAUCAACCACAGAGACUUGUAGCAACCAAUCUGACACCUGUUCUGUAUCUCAAGCCCCAGCCUAACACUGCAGCAUGGAGCUACUUCUAGUAUCCGCUGAUACCUCAUGUAACACCUACAGUCACCCUGAAGUCACAAUGAAGUGGACUUACACAAUGUGGAAAACAAUCAUCAUAUGUUGCUUCCAAAAAUAUAUAUGUUUUAUUUUUCACAAUAAUUAAUUACUUUUUUUUUUACUGCUUUUGCUUUUUUUGUUUCUCUUAAAUGCUCAUAUUAACAACUGUGUACUGUGUAUACUGUAAUGGUAUGCUAUUUCAAAGAGGAGAACAGGGCCACAUUAGUCAUUUCUUGUUCUAAUGGCCCUCAUAUGAUAUGCAAAGUAUAAUAUAUUUUUGAUGGAGUCUGUGAUGUAAGAGUGCCCAAGACUGUAAGCUCUAACAUAACAAAUGGAGAUUCAGCCAUUUGCAAGAUCUAACAAGAGACAAGACAGAAAUAGAGCCAGAUUGAAAAUUCAUUCAAUCAAUGGCAAGGAAACACACACAUACACAAUGAUAAUUGUGUUGAGCUCCUCUGCAUGAUCAUUUUGAAGUUAAGAGACAUUACCAGCACAACAUGUGGAUACAAAUUGUUUAUUUUGUUACAAUUGUUAGAUAUUCUCAGAGGAGAUGGUAUGUGAAAAGGCUGAAUAGGACAAGAACUUACCUGUUAGGUGGCUGUGGCUCAGGAGGUAGAGCCGUCCUCUACCAAUCGUCUACGUGUCAAAUUCUUCCUUGGACAUGAUGAAAACAUGAUGGAGCAUUUUGAAACUGAAAAGCCAAAUACUAUUUUCUCAGGAGUUUUGGCUAGAAGGAAUCCUUAUCAAAGAUAUAUUUAUAUGCUAUGUGUUUAUGUUAAAGAAUAAAUACAAAUAUUGGC